AUGGGUUCAUCAUCUUCGAAGCCCGUGAGAUCUGCCGCGCAGGCAGUCUCGCGGCGCCAAUACCCUAAACAGCCUUCCCCUUUGCCAUCCACACCAAAGCCUCCGUCUCCCAGUCCUGCUUCCGCACCCCGUCCGCCAAAGGAACCGGACACAAAGACCCGUGCUCCCACAGGCCCAACCUAUCAUUCCAAAGAACAGCCGUCUCUUACAAAAUCAAACGCAAUCGACCUCGACGGCCGUGAUCCUGAUUUCGCCGCCUCCCUCCGCGGAAUCGGCCCCGUCAGCCCAGCCCCGACCCUAUCCAAUUCCAGCACAUUCGCCUCCGGACCCCAACGCGGGGAUUCCGUGCAAACCGUCUUUCCCCGGGCGGCGAAUCCGGCUCUGCUGGUGGUCACCGCGCGUCAAAAGAUUACUAAGGCGGCGGAGCGAGAGGUGGAAUUGGUCGGACGACCAGGGUUUGCGGGACGGGAGUAUCUGGAUGCGUUGACGAUUCGACAGGCGCUGUCGAUGCGGGAUCGGCAGGGUCUGCCGUCGGGCGAGAUUGAGAGGCUGCUACGGUUGAAGAAGGGGGUUAUGGAUCGGCUGGGGCAGAAGGGGGUCGUUUCGGAGGUUGGUUGA